AGAAGCUAGAAAAAUGAAACAAUAUUUGAGAAUGGAGUGGCCUUUACUGAAACUUUUGUUGUGGGGUUUACUUGUGUUUCUUCAAAUUCAUGGACACACAGCUGCCUGCCUCCAGGAAGAAAGGAUUGAUCUGCUGGAAUUGAAGGCGUUUUUGGAAUCCAAUAUUAUUCAUGCUGAUGCAGAUGAUCACCGCCUUCUUCCGUCAUGGAUUGACGACGCAAAGAGUGAUUGUUGUGGUUGGGAGAGGGUCACGUGCAACUCCACCACCGCUCACGUGAUCAAGCUUUCCCUCUACAACUUAACGGAACAAGAUCCUUAUAACAACCGUUGGUUGCUCAACGUGUCCCUGUUGGUUCCUUUUAAGGAGCUAACAACUCUUAAUCUAUCCGGCAAUGCAAUUCGUGGUUGCCUACCAAACGAAGGAUUUGAAAAGCUGUCAAGCUUAAGGUAUCUGAGAAUUUUAGACCUUAGUUACAACUACUUUGAGAAUAAUAGCAUUCUACAAUCUUUGGGUACAGUGACAUCGCUUCAGACUUUGAAUCUUACUCACAAUCAGUUGCAAAGAUACUUUCCUGCUCAAGGUUUUGAAAGCAUGUCAAGAUUGGAGAACUUGGAGACCUUAGAUCUUAGUCACAACAAUUUCAACAUAAGCAUCAUAGAAUUACUCAGUUCAGUCAAAUCCAUUAAGAAUCUUAAUCUUGCAUCGAAUCAGAUAGAAGGAUCAUUUUCUACCAAAGGUUUUGAAAGCUUGUCAAGAUUGGAGAACUUGGAGACCUUAGAUCUUAGUCACAACAAUUUCAACAGAAGCAUCAUAGAAUUAUUGAGUGCAGUCAAAUCCCUUAAGAAUUUGAAUCUUGCUUCAAAUCGGAUUGGAGGAUCAUUUCCUGCCAAAGGUUUGUCUAAUUUCAGUAGGUUGGAGAUUUUAGAUCUGAAUGGAAAUUCUUUCACUGGAAGCAUUUCUCCAUAUAUCGGGGCAUUAUCUUCUCUAAAGGCUAUAUCAUUAGGUUACAAUGACCUUAAUGGCACUUUACCUCAAGAGUUGUGCAAACUGAAUAAACUCGAAGAGUUAGAACUUUAUGGUAAUUUAUUUGAAGGGGUCCUUCCACCAUGCCUAAACAAUAUGACGUCUCUUAGAUUGUUAGAUAUAUGUCUAAACCAAUUCACUGGAAACAUCUCUUCAAAUCUGAUAGCCAUCCCGACAUCACUUGAGUACAUUGAUCUAAGUUACAAUCUUUUUGAGGGCCUAUUGUCAUUCAGCUUAUUUGCUAAUCACUCUAAGCUUGAGGUGAUUAUAUUGGUGAAUAAUAACAGCAAGCUUGAGAUAGAAACUGAAAAUUCAUCGGGUUGGGACGACCUCUCAUUUCAAUCAUUAAAGGUCAUUGUACUACAUAAUUGUAAUUUGAACAAGCCCACUGGAAAUGUUCCUAAGUUUCUAUUUGGCCAGCGCGAAUUGGAAAUAGUUGAUUUGUCUCACAAUAAGUUGAAAGGAAGCUUCCCCAAUUGGUUGCUUGAAAACAACACAGGACUGCAAGAGCUUUAUCUUCAAAAUAAUUCUUUCAUGGGUCAAAUUCAUUUGCCACCAAAUCUCUACAAGAGUAUUUCGUUUAUGGAUGUCUCUAACAAUUGCUUAGAUGGUCAAUUUCAAGAAAAUAUUGGAAAGAUAACUCCAUACUUAAAAUAUCUAAAUCUUUCCCAAAAUCUUAUUGAAGGUUAUCUUCCUUCCUCAAUUGGUGACAUGAGAUAUUUGGAGUAUUUGGACUUGUCCUUUAAUAAUUUCUCGGGAGAGUUACCAACGGAAUUAUUUGCCACUUGCACCUCCUUGAUUCUUUUGAAGUUAUGCAAUAAUCAGUUCACAGGAACAAUUCCUGGAUGGAUAGGAAACAUGACACGUUUGUUGACUUUUGUCUUGAGUAACAACUUUUUUGAAGGUCAGAUUCCUUGUGGACUGGAUUCAGUUCAAUAUGUAGACCUUUCUCAUAACUCAUUUUCGGGAUCGUUACCUUCUUGCUUGAAUCUAUGGUUUGUAGAGCACCUACAUUUGCAAGGAAACAAACUUACAGGUCCAAUACCAAAAGCUGUUUUCAAUUCAUCGUCUCUUUUGACAUUAGACCUUAGAGAUAACAGCUUUUUUGGCAGCAUCCCUGAUGAAAUCGGUGCACUUUAUAACUUAAGAAUACUUUUGUUGAGGGGCAACUAUUUCAGUGGUAUAAUUCCAAAUCAGUUGUGUUGGUUAAAUAAGAUAGGCAUGAUGGAUCUUUCCAAGAACUCUCUUUCUGGGACAAUACCGCACUGCUUUCACAACAUGUCCUUUGGAAAUACAGAUGAUUUUGUUUAUUAUAGAUAUCCUUCUAUGUCCUGGUUGUUUGGAUUAGGUUCCACAUUCCAAAGGUUCCAAGAAUGGAAUUGGGAAGGAGGCAUGGUGAUGCGGAUAGAAAAUGAUGAUCAUGUUGAGGUUGAGUUUGUAACAAAAUACAGGUCUAACUCUUACAAGGGUUAUAUCCUUAAUUAUAUGGCUGGAUUGGAUUUGUCAUGCAACAAGCUAACAGGUACAAUCCCACCGGAACUAGGAGAGUUAUCUUCACUUCAUGCAUUGAACUUGUCUAACAAUCUGUUGACAGGUUCCAUUCCACAAAAAAUCUCAAAUUUGGACAAGUUGGAGAGUUUAGACCUUUCUCACAACAAUUUGAGUGGAGAAAUUCCUUCAGUAUUGAUUGAUAUGAACUUUCUAGCAGUGUUUACUGUGGCUUACAACAACUUAUCAGGUAAAGUUCCAGACAUGAAAGCACAGUUUGCAACAUUUGAUAAAAGUAGUUAUGAAGGAAAUCCAUUUCUUUGCGGGCAACCACUAGAGAAUAGUUGCACCAGAGUAGACGAGUCACAUCCAUCACCAACGAAAUCUUCAAAUGCAAGUGAAGGGAUAUGGUAUGAAAUUGAUCCUCAGGUCUUCUUUGCAAGCUUUACCCCAUCUUAUAUUGUUUUCUUCUUGGGUGUAGCUACUCUUUGUUAUAUUCGUCUUUAUUGGCAAUAACGGUGCUUCAAUUUAAUUGAGGAUUUUAAGUGCCAGUGUAAUUAUCCUAUUUUUUAUAGGUUAAAAAGAUUUUCAAACUGUCUAUAUCCUUAGAUAUAUUCGGUUUCCAUGGACAUCUUUGGUGGUAGUGAUGAUAGCUAGCUGUACCUUUGAUAAUGAAUAAUGGUUAAUUAUUGUAAUCUAAUAUCAGACAAGUUGUUUACUUU